GGCGCCCCUCAUGCCGCCGGGCGGGGCCGCGCUCCCGGCAUGCCCGAGGGGGACGCUCCGAGGGUGGGUAGGUGGGCGGAGGGAAGGCGGGCGCGAGGGUGCGCGCCCCCCGCGCCGCCGCUUCCCAUUCCCAGGCGCUUCGCAUUCUCAGCCGACGCGGAACCGCAGCCGAGCCGCUGUAGCCGGCGCGCAGCGCGCAUGCGCGGCCCCGGGAGGGCGGGGGCCGGCGUUGAGCGGGGAGCGCUCCCCGCCGGUGCUGCCCGCACUCCGCGCUCCCGCCCGGCGCCGCCGCUGCCCGCGACCGGCGGCCGCGCACAGCCCGCGCCCUCUCCCGCGCCGCGUCCGCCCGUCGUCCUGCCCCGCCAUGAAGUUGAGCAGCCGCGGCCGGGGAUGCUGCGCGGGCGGCAGCCGGGAACGCGGGCCGCCGCCGCGGAGCCCCUUCGUGCACCAGCUGCGCUUCAGCCCCCUGGAGAAAGCCAAGAUUGCCUUCAUGACCUUGACUCUGUUUCCUAUCCGACUCUUUUUCGCUGCUUUUAUGAUGCUGCUGGCCUGGCCUUUUGCGUUCAUUGCUUCAAUGGGAUCUGAUGAGCAAGAGCUUGAAAAGCCCCUCUCCUGGUGGCGAAAGAUAGUGGAUAUUUUGCUGAAGGCAAUAAUGAGAAUGAUGUGGCUUGCUGGUGGAUUCCACUGGAUAAAUGUGAAAGGCAGACGGGCAUUGCCAGCAGAAGCAGCAAUAUUAACGGUGGCUCCCCAUUCUUCCUACUUUGAUGCCAUUCCAGUAACGAUGACCUUCGCCUCCAUUGUGAUGAAAGCAGAAAGCAAAGAUAUUCCUGUCUGGGGAACUCUGAUCAAAUACAUCCGACCGGUAUUUGUGUCUCGGGCAGACCAGGAUUCUCGCAGGAAAACUGUUGAAGAGAUAAAGAGGCGUGCCCAGUCCGGUGGUAAAUGGCCACAGAUAAUGAUAUUCCCAGAGGGCACUUGCACAAACCGAUCCUGCCUAAUUACAUUCAAACCUGGAGCAUUUAUUCCUGGAGUUCCUGUACAGCCUGUGGUUUUACGCUACCCAAACAAACUGGACACAAUCACAUGGACAUGGCAAGGGCCAGGAGCGUUUGAAAUUCUGUGGCUUACUUUAUGUCAAUUUCACAAUUCUGUGGAAAUCGAGUUUCUACCCGUGUAUAUUCCUUCAGAAGAAGAAAGAAAAAAUCCAGUGUUAUAUGCCAAUAACGUCAGACGUGUAAUGGCAGAGGCGUUGGGAGUUUCAGUGACAGACUACACAUUUGAAGACUGUCAGCUGGCUUUGGCUGAAGGACAGCUUCGUCUACCUUCAGAUACAUGUCUUCUAGAAUUUGCAAAGCUUGUGAGAAGCCUUGGGCUGAAGCCAGAAACACUUGAAGAUGAUCUUGAUAAAUAUGCUGCAAGUGCCAUGAAAAUGAAGAGGGAAAAGGUCGAUCUCAAAGAAUUUUCAGCCUACUUGGAAUUUCCAGUUUCUCAGACAUUAGAAAGCAUGUUUGCACUUUUUGAUGAGAAUGAAGAUGGUGUAAUUGACAUUCGGGAAUUUGUCAUUGCUCUGUCAGUUGUCUGUAAGCCAUCCAAAACUCUGGAAACAAUUCAGAUGGCAUUUCAGCUGUACCAGUCAGAAGGUGGAACUGUAACAGAAGAGGAUUUAGCUUGUAUUCUGAAGACUGCCAUGGGUGUGUCACAAAUUGAUGUUACACAUCUUUUUAGAGCUGUAGAUGAAGAAGAGAAAGGAAAGAUUACAUAUGAUGACUUCUACACAUUUGCUGUGUUGCACCCACACUUUGCAGAAGACUAUCUCUAUGCUGAUCAGAUGGGAGCUGACAGUGGCUUGGAGACUUCAUCUCUUUCUGCUCCUAAUGGUAUCUGUACUGACUUCAGCCCUGACAACAGUGGAGAUAGAAGGAAGCCCUUGCAGAAGAAACUGAAUUAACACUACAACUGUUACCUUCCUCUCCUGGUGAGAGGGUUGUAUUUUCCUGAGAUUUUCAUAAAUCACUCCAAUUAUACAGCAAAUACCAGUUUUGUGUGUGAAAGUUCUACCUGAAUACCAUCCUUUGAAUCAUAUGUGCUAUAUUUAACAACAUGUUCCAGGUUACUUUGGGAAAGGUGUUUUUAUUUUUUUUUUUAAAGGUCUUUGAAAGGCAAAAAUGUGAAUGUGCUUCAUUAUUAAUGUUCAUAUUUAAAAGGAAGCGGCACAACUUAUUUAUAUUCCAUUGGCUAGUUCCAUGUACAAAGUGUCGCACAAACUGUGCAUGUAUAAAGAAACUGUAGCUACUAUGGUGUAAAGUGCACUUUGGUGAUUAGUGUUUUCCCUAGUUAUGGGGAUGUUUAUUUGGGGCCAAACUUUGCUGUCCAUAUCUGAAUAGUCAGUCUUGUUGAUUUUGGUGGGAUUAUUUUCUUGAGCAAGGCAAGCAUACUUUGGCCCUUUGUUUUGGUUUCAGUGAACAGUUUGGAAACAGUAAUACAAAAACCUGCUAAGGAUUUCUUUUUAUUUUUAUUGCUGAAUGAUAAAAUUGUUUCUCUUUCCAUGGUAGAAUGAAAAGGAAAGGCUCCUUAUCCCUCACCCCAAGACUUUUUUACUGUAAUCUUACGGAUGCAAUUAAACAUAAAUUCUUUCCAAACUGACAUGCCACAUACUGUUUGAAAAUACACAACUGAUCUGUUUGUACUUUUCUCUUACAACCAAUUCAAUUCGUGUCCAGACAACAUUUUAUGGGAGAUGUUUACAGAGCUAUAUUGGAUUUAGAUUUAUCAGGAGUCACAGCUUUCUUUUGUAGCGAGCCUGUACAGAUAACAUAACAUGGAAUGCAUCAUGAAAACUUUGGUGUAUCAGCACAAGUUGGAAAAGGUUGCAGUCACUUCAGAGGCCAAGCCAGCAACAAGUUGCAGAACAUCCUGAAGAAAUGCUAGUUAAAUAUUUAUAGCAACAUUACAUAUACUUCAUGGAACAUAUAUGAAGCUUAGAAUAGUUUAGGACUGUUUAAAAAAACACCACACUUCUAUUAGUAAUACUUAUGUUUCCUUUUGUAAAGCCAGAUGCCUUAACUGCUACUGGAAGUCUCAGAGGAAAAUACAGAUUACUAUAAAACCACAGACCUUCGUUGAUUAGGAGAUGUGACAAAAGCCUCAAGGAGUGGGAGGGAGGACUCUCUUACAAGAUAAAUGUGAUGGCAACUCUUCUUCCAAAGAAAAAAAAAUCUUUUAAGUCAUUUCUGACUAGUUUUGUAGGGUUUUGUGCAUGGAAAAGUAUUAGGAUUUGAGUCUUCUGUAAAGGAAUUUAAAACUAGAUUUGAAAGGGAAGAAUUUUAGCAAAGGGUGUCUGUACUAAAUGCUUUUAUAAGUAUUUUUUAAAUAGCAGGAGCUGUUUUAAAGCUCAUUGGGGUAUUGGAAUCUGCCCUUAGAAGUCCUGAACUGUAUGUGGCAGGUCUCCAAACUGGAACUGGCUUUAAUAAAGAGGGUAGGAGGGAAAACUGUAAGAAAAUAUGCUUUAUGGGAGUAUGUGGAGGUAAUAAUUAAAUUUUGAUUUAUCUAGAUAACAAAAGCCAAGCUCACAGGGCAACAGCAGACUGGCUGGCAAGAUUUGAAUUGAAACUGAUAAUGAAAAAUAGGAGAAAUUGAAAAAAUAAGGCAUAUGAGAAACUACACUUAAGUAGGAAUAGUCAGCUGCAUCAGAGGAGGGAGUGAGUAUUACUGUGCUAUAUGUUGAGGCAGGGAUGACACAGAAUAUGUCAAAAUGAGCAGUGUUAACUCUUUGCUGCAGAAAAGAUGCAUCUUUGCCUCUUUUGAGGGAGGGAUGCAUCAGCAUGCAGCCUGUGAGAAGCUAUUUCUGCAUUACCAAGAUGUGACAAGGUCUUACCUGAGGUACCUUUUCAUAGGGGGGCCCCUGAGAGAGAUGGGGUGUAACUGAAUAAAGUCUGGAGACAGAAAAUACUAAAAAGAGAUCAAAAGUGUCCUUUAAUCCAAAGAAGAGGAGACUGAAGAAAGAUGUGAACAGUCUUUAAAUAUGGGAAAAGUUGCUAUAGAGAAAAUAGGAACACUCUUCUCCAUAAGGAUGGUAGAUACUGGCUGUUAAUUGAAAAGGCAAGUUAAGCCUUAGAAAAGGCUCUGACAAUACACCUUGUUAAGCUGAGGAGAAGGGUUAUUUCAGGUGAGAUGAACAGCCUGCCUUCCUUCACUAGAGUUUUUGAAAACGGAGAAGACAAGACAGCUACAAUAGAGACACUUGACUUUGAUCAUGCCCCAGGGUUACAGGGAGAUGUCCCUGAGGUCUGUUUUCUGUAAUUAUACAGUAUGUAAGAGAAGGCAGGUGUAGUCUGGACAUACUGAAUCUCCACAAGACUAUGGCACACAGCUCAAGCUGGCUGUCUAAGUUUACCUUUUGCUUUGUAUGUGAGCUUGAGAAUUUGAAAAUUUCAGAAUGCAGGGAAGGAGAGAGAGUUCCCCAAUACAUGUGUGAAAAGAAGAAAGGUAAGCUUAGAGUCCUGUGGACAAUUCUGAAGUUAGAGAAGCUCCAAAGGAACAGAUACACUGACCACAUCUGUGAAAGAACAAAGUAAGCUGAUUGAAGUUGGCUGAACAUGAGUGGCUAAUUUGCAUGUAUGGUGUGAGUAACUUGGGGGUCUGUUUUAUGAAAGCCUAUAGGUUCAUUGACUUUUUUUAAUUUGUAUUUUGAGGUGUUUUCUAAUUGUGGUGAGUGCAAUAGCUGUACUUGUGUGCACCUAAGCUGUACAGAGUGCACUGAAGGGCACUGCAGCCUGUAGUAGAUGGGCCCUUAAACAGGCACCACAUUGUGUGGUGAAGAGGCACUGAAAGUCCUGUGCCAGUGAGCUCAGGCCAGAGCUGCUGCUGGAGAAGGCCAGUGACCAACACAAAUCACAAGCAAGUACUCUUGGUGGAUUAAAACUCAUUUCAAAAUUGGUGCGUUAAAUAAUUUUUAAAAAAGGCAUAAGACAAAACAACAGAUUCUGGAAGGAAAUGAUUCUCCCUCUUUUGAGAAAUUACUGAAUAAGAUAAAGACGUAAUAGGAGGAGUGAUAACAUGAAGGAUCGGCCUGCUUGGAAAUAUUGUUAAAUCAUACACUGUUUCAUGGAAGUUGAGAUUAAUUAAUAUAAUUCCAUUAAUUUUAGCAUUUGUAGUAUAUAAUAUUAGACUGCCUUGUAGUGAGAGAGAAGGCACAUUAUGUACCACAGGAUGGUGAACUCUUGAGGGCCAAGGGCUGGAACACAUGUCAUGAGUGCAGCAAUACUCGUUCCAACUCAUCCAUCAAACCCCAGCUGCAGAAGUGUUUCAGAAGAUCCCCAUGAGAAGCCUUUUUAGAGGCAUCUGAGUGUGGAGCAGCUGGGUGGUAACACAGUCAACUUUCAGUGACUUGAUGCAAAGUCAGAGUAGAAGUAAAAACUUCCUUUCCCCUUCACCAAAUAUUCAUUAAAACAUUGCUGGCUUUAUAGGCAGAUUGUUGUAUUUUAACAGGUACUAUCAACACCCCCUAAAUUUACAAGGAGACGUAUGCAGAAAUUACUUUGGUUCUUUGCAACUAUUGAACUUAAAUGAUCCUUACACAAAAAAAUGCAGGGAUGUGAAGGCAUUUGACAUUUGAGGAGCAUUUCUGUACUCUUAUGUAACACUGCCAUCCCUUGCCAGUAGAGUUCUUGCAUCAACCUGAAUUUUUACAUAUUGUAUGAGAUAACCAGCCAAGGCUGGGUAUCUCUUCUCAUAUGCCUGAACAAGCAUUUAAAGUUACCAGAAAACUACAAAAUCCAGAAUAUCUGAACUUUUGGGGAGCUGGUUUGGUUUUUUUGUUGUUUCAAUUAUAAUUUUUCAAAGAUAAUGAAAUCCCACUAAAACCAAACAAAUGCUUAGUAGGUGCAAAAUAUGUUUAAAUCACUGUCUCUAGCACAGUAUGGCAAGUGUUAUUACAAAUUUUUGGGGAGUCUGUUGCUGUAGCAGAUAAACUUAAAAUGCUUCAUAGGAAAUUUAUUAUAAGCCUUAGGGAAAAAAUUAGGCUGUACACUUAGUUUAAUAUUCAUUAAUUACACUGUAUGUUUCAAUGCAUUUAUUGUCAGUAGAAUGAUCUAGGUGUGAUAAAUAGCAACCAGACGUGUUUGCUAAUCCCAUUUUCAAGGUAUAAAUCCUUAGGUCACAGGGGUUGAAAAGGACACGUGUGUAGUAGGGAAAUUAUGCAAUCUUUUUAGUGACAGAGCUGCCAGAAGUAAAUAGCUAAGUGUCACACAGAGCUCUUUAUUAAAAUCUGAAAGCUGAAUAACUUUGUUAGCUAAUUUAGGCAUUGGGAUGGUUGGAAUAUUUUUGUAUUCAUAAAAUGCAGCAAAAGUUUUCCUGGAAAAAUCAUUGUUACACUUCAACAUUGGAUAAUUUUUUAAAGCAGGUGUGGUUUUAUUUAUUUAUGAGUUCCCUGAUAAGUUCAUCUUUGGUAUUGCCAUUAAAUUAUUCUUUCUACUUUUAUAUUGACAUGUGGUAAGUAUAGCUUCUCAUAUUAACUGUUUCAGUAAUCUGCUCUCUGCUCCUUCAAAAAUAGCAUCCUCAUUAAAAGACAAAAAAAAUUGAAAAACAAACAAAAACCUGCUCUGACUUAAAAAAAUACUAGUAGCAGAAUUCUAGUAGCACAUGCUGUAGAUCCUGUGAUCUCAGAAAAAGAAAACCUGUAAGGACAGCUCUGCAUAUGUUACAGGACUAAACUAGGCUGGAGAGAAAACAAAAUUCUGAUUAAAAGUUCUGACCAACUAAGUUCAAUUUUUCUUUAGGUCAGAGCGUGGGUGAUAAGACUUUCUGAAAUGUUGCAUUUUACUUAAUAUGAAGCCUCUGGUUUUUCUCUAGCAGAGCUUUCAUGAGUGCUCUAGAAACAGGAAAUGACAAAGACACUGGCCAAGAGUUCUACAUUAGCAAAAUUCAAAUUUGGCUCCUAAAGCCAUAUUGAUGUACAGAAGUUCCCUGUGAACCAGGCACUUCAAAUAGUUUGCUGCUUUUUAAGUAUCUGAAGUUCAGCUGAUUAGGAAAACUUAAAUUAACAAAUUAUACUGAAUAGAUCAUUACAAGAAAAAAAGAAGGAAGAAUACAAAAUAGAAACCAAGAGUUAUCAUCAGUGCCAUUGAUAAUUAGUUACGAAUUGAUUAAAUUAUUAAUUGAUCAGCAAAACUGCAAGAUCUGUUUCACAUAUGAGCAGGAAGGCUGACAUGCUCAUUCAGGUAAUUUUGCUAACCUGACUAAGUGGAAUUUAAGCCAGGUGGUCUUUACUCAGAGGGUGAUUUCUUGAAGAAAUCAGAGGGUGCAGCAUCUAUAAGGUACUGCAACAUCCCAGUAAUGUCUUGGGUCACUGGCAGUAUAAAAGUGAGAUUUCAUCUUCUCAUCCUGCCUUUUUCCUUUAAAUUAUGGAGAAGAGCAUUCUAACUGUGACAGGAAGCCUGUAAGAUCUCACAGGUAAAAACCCUCCAGCACCACCUCAGAGGCACAAAGGUGAUCAUUCUGUGGAAUAGUUAUGGUGGUGAAGUGGGUAUUCAAUGCUGGUCACCAACAUCUUGUGGUCAAACCAUGUAUAAAUGGUAAUACUGAGGUAAAACUGCUGAGAGAACACAGCAGCAAACAGGGCAUCCUUUAGAUGUGUUUUGACUUGGGUCUGUGAGUGUUUUCUGCAUCUCAAAGUGGUCAAGUUAAGUUUCUUUCUCUGGGAAACAUUUCAGGUUUCUUUCAAGAUACUUUGGCUUCUUCAAGUGGAAGAGUGAUUUGUUUUGUAGAAAGCAGCUUCUUAUUCCCCGGAUGGUGUGAUGUGCUUUAUCAUGUGUAAUGUGAUUAAAUUGAAGUGGGUGAUACCAAGAGAGUGGAGGAUAUAAGAGGCUUAUAAAACAGAGGGUUUAUGUUUCUGUGAGAUAUGCUGAGACAUUUCUGCACUGUAGUUGACACUGCCUAGAUUGUCUUGCAAGUUCAUUAUGCAAAAUCAUUUUACUAAUUGUAAAUUGUAAUGCCACUAAUUGUAGUGGCAGUGGCUGUUUAUUCCACUUGCUUUAGGAGGAUGGCAGGGCAGAGUACUCCUGUGCAGGCCAGCCUUGGGGUAUAGAUGUAUUUGCAGUUUUCAAAUUAUCAGUCUCUGGGAACAGAAACAGUAGAAUCCCCUUAGCACUGAUUGCACCUCAGUAAGUUACAUAACUUAGCUCUUUGGGGUAUUUUUUAAUGAACACAGUUAUCAUGCUUUAUUCUGAGCUGAGUUGCACAGAGCCAUAUGAACAUCAGAGCUUACUUGGGAUAGCUUGGUGAUCUCAAAAAAGGUGCUGUACAAUGAUCUGUUGGUAGAGUGUUACAUUUCAGUUUUUUCACUUUGACCAAAAAUGUCAGAAGCAAGAGAAAAAAGUCAUGACUUCUGUAAUACUCUAUUUUUAUACUGUCAAUAGGGUUUUAUUUAAGAGUGCCAGUUCUGAGCCAAAGUCAGCUGAAGAAAAAUCAGGCUGAGCUUCUUGAACCAGCAAGUAGAAAAUCCCAUCCAUGCCCAGCAUGGCAGCAAAGCUUUUACUCUGCAGCUGGCCUUUUCCCACAGUAAAGAAGGAUCUUUUCUGCCUCUUGGGCUGGUGAAUUCAGCUUACUGUAUCCCUAGUUCUUGCUUGUGCUGUCUGUUCUUCGUAGGUUUGUUGCAGGAAGAAGACCCUGCUGCCUGUUAAGCUGAAGUGACAUUCAUGGACUUUUUUUCCCUGAGCCAGGAGCAGCAGAUGAAUAUUUGAGUCCUGUUCUGGUAAUGCUACCCAAAACUAAAAACCCAUGUACUAUUUUAGUUCAUGCCUGCCAUUAAGUACAGGAUUGCUCUUUCUUUUCAUACACUUCAAACAUUGCAGGUGUGUCCAGGUGACAGCAGGUCUGAAAGAGCUUAUGAGAUUCUCCUGGUUCCUGUGAGCAACAAGAAAUUAAAUUUAGAAGUAAUUAGAAGUUUACAGGGAAACCUUAAAUUGGAUUUACUCCUGACUCACUAUAUAUAUAUAUAUCACUUUCAGUGUGAGCCUGUUUACUUCCAUGUUCCAGAUGCAGGAUCUAUAAAUGUGAUUUCAAACCAAGUCUCCUCAUGGAUACUGAAGAAAGCUGAUGCUCAGACACUUUUCAUCCUACCAUGGUACUGGAAAUGAAAUUCAUCUGACAAUAGUUUGUUUCUAAGUCUGUGAAUGUAUAUGGGAAAAGCCCAAAUACAUGUCUUUUAUUUACUAUCCAGCAUGAAGACAAUUUUGUAUUUUGAAUGCUAAAGAAAUAAACUUUGAAAGAUCUUUUAUGGCCUAAGUAUAUAUUUUUUUGUCCUAUGUUUUCUUUUAUAAUGAACUUCAAGCAAAAUAUUUCUUAUAUUUCAAAAAGGACACUUAGGUUAGCCAGUGCUGUAUUUUCCAGAAAACAAAAGCAGUUUUAAAGUAAACAUCUGAAAAUGAAAUUGUAUUUUUAAAUAUGUGAAUUAGAAUUCCUUUAAGUUAAACAUGUCUCCUUAGCAACUGUAUAUACUUAGACAAAAAGCAAACCUAUUGCAGCUGCUUAUCUCUAUAGCUGUUUGUGUCUGGUGAUUUGUUUAUAUUGCUUUUUCAGGUUGCUGUAAGGGUAUUAAGAGUCCAUGUAAAUCAGCAAUGUUAGAAAUAGAAGUCAGAAGUAAAUUUCUUUGGAAGUGAUAGAAUUUGUUUCCUGGAAGAGGACCAAGAGUAAACAUCAGCUAACCUUGUAUUAUGUACUAUACUAUGUAACUUGUUGCAGCAUUGUGCUAAAAGUAUUUGACAUCUGUUCAAUGGGACCACUUUCUAAACCUUUUUGUAAUUCCCAGCAUCUCGCCAGGUGUGUGAGACAUUUCUAAUUUGAUCACAGGUACUAGUUCAUCUUUUUUGGAAAAAUAAAAUUGAGUAAUCAACAAGCUGAGAAAAUAACUCAGAAAAAAAAUUGAUUUCUGUUGUUAACCUUGCAUUGAGGAUAUCAUUUUUAUAUUUUUAGGAGAAAAAAAAAAGAUUGCUAUGGUUUUGAACACACUUGAAACUUUAAAUGCAAAACCGAAAAAGUUGACACUGAAAUCAUCACAUUUUGGAAUUUUCUUAUGCUGCUACUGAAUCCAAGUUAGGCACUGCCAUGAAAAGGAUGCUUUUAGCUGAAAACCUAUGUGAACAGAGCAGGAAGCUGUUUUGUAGGGACUCACUUGUGAGUGGUUGUUCCAUCAGUGGUACAACUUGUGUUGCCGACUUCAAGACGACUCAAACAGACCUGCUGUGUUAAAAAAAAAAGGUUUUUAUUGUAAGAGCCCUUGGAUGUGCAGUGUAAAUCUGUAACAACAUAUAGUGCUACUGGAUAAUAAUGAUCUAAAUGCAUAUUUUCUGCUGUAAAUUUCCCUCAUGAUUUGUGUACAUAGACUAUUACCUUUGCACUGAACUGACUAUACUUCAUAAAAUGAAGAGCUAAAACAAGUACUAAAGGUGACCAUACCUUGUGGCUCCAAUUGUGGAAAUACUUUUGCAGAACAAAGGUAUAGCUUCAGUGUUAUAAAUUUGAUUUUAUAUUUUUUAUUAACAUGCAUGGAAGACUAAGGAUAAUAUUUUUUAAAAAUGAACUUGGUUUUUGUACAUUUUUUCAAUGUUUAAAACUGUAUGAUUUAACAUUACCUCUGAAUGCCAGUGAUCAGUAAAUUUUUAAAGGAAAUACCUCAAUUUGAGCAUUCUUCUCUUGUUACUUGUCUGAUAGGUUAAAAUGGAGUAUAGGGUGUGAUGAAGUGAGCAUAUGAUGGAGGUGCUUAAACUGUGCUGUAGAAGGUUACGAUGGUUUACUGAAAGGGACCUAAAUGAUACACUACAAGUGUUGAGUGCAGUUACACAAUCAUGGCUCAUUCUGCCCAACUGGACAUUUUCCUCAUGAAUGGCUUGUAAAUUAAAUUUUCAGCGUGAAGCCAAAUUA